GCAAAAGAAACGAGGAACGCAAACUCCGCCCCCAAGCAAUCACUGCAACAAGUGCAUGAUGCUGCCUCACAGAAACGCCAGCUGGAGCUGCCAAAGAUCGACCAUCUUCAUGCGCUUGAGUACCAACGGAUUUCUGAGUUUGUUUUAACAACUUUUUUUUAGGCGGAUUGAGUCCAUCUUUUUUUCAUAUUUACCUACUUCAAUUGCGUAUUUAUUGCCUCAAAACAUUUCACCCAGCGAGCUUUCUGUUUUGUGAAUCUUGUUUUAAUAGUUAAGAAUAACUUUCUGGGUAGCUAGCCAGCUAACUAGCCUACUGUUUGAUGUUAGCCAUUUGUCUCAAGAUGUUGCAAGCCAGUUUGUACCACAGUAGCCUGCAACGUCGGAUGUGUUUUCGUGUGUAGUCAUCGAUUGCAGGACCCUAAAAACCUUUGGACCUCAAAAGUAGUUUGUUUAAGCUUCUAGCAAAACGUUGACCGGGCGGUGAUGUCUGGAUAACUAAUCAUCAGAAACAGCUGCUUCUCUGUUGAUGAGAAAUAUCGGUAGCACAGGACAACGUCCAGGACUAUGAGAAGGAGAAAGACAUCUUUGUAGGCGUAACACGCGCCCGUACACUCGGGAGACGGAACUGUGGAACAGUUCUGUCUUUAUGGAUGGAGCGCCUGGCCCAGGCGGGGCAGAAUGACGGAGCCCCGUCCACCAGCGAGGACUCGUUCCGCCGUGGCCUCACCCCUGACCAUGCCCUUCGACCUCCGGCCCGACCCCGACUGCUCUGUGAUGUUUCCACCGUCCAGGGUCACACGGCGAGCGUGCAUUCCCAAUCCCUGCUGUCUGGGUGUGGCGCGCAUUUACAACCAGUGACCUCUGACCCCCACCAAGAGGAAAACCGACUGAAUGGGCUCAACACGGCAGGCUGGUCCAGUCCUGUGAUAGGCCACCUUGAUAGGACGCCCUACUCGUCCAGGGUCAUGAGGCUCUUUUCAACCCAGAGGAGCUGUACUGUCCCAGAGUAUAGUCUGGCCCCGGCCAGGCCCAUCUCCUACCCAGAACCUACAGGCAGCAGCAGGGGGUCCCAGGCUUGGCCAGGCCUCUCAGGGCUGGCUGUCAUGAGCUCCUUUAAGAAGUUACGGACCUCAGUACUCCAGGGUAUCCAGACUCGGGGGGCAGCCAAUCAGGAAGGAGAAUAUACCUCGGCAGCCAAUCAGGGUGGUGAUGAUAAAAUGGUCGCAGCCAAUCGGAGCCCAAGGCUUCGGUGUGGGGAGGAAUACCAAGGGUCUAACGGAGUGCCGGUUGGCCAGCAGAUGUCUGGGAAUCACCUUAAUUAUGACGAUGAAGAUGACCAAGAGGAGGUGGUGGAUGAGGAAGAUGGACUUCAGAGAAACACACGGUUUUCCAGGAGCAUCAGGAGAGCGUACGGGGCGGGUCGCAUCUCGCUGCUGGACACCGGGCAGGAGACGAGUGAGAAGGGUCCAGAAUCAGUUAGCUCAACCAAUCAGAAACCGGAUUCUGGCUCCGGUUUAGAUGCCGAGCGGGCUGUGAACGUGCUGAGCCGGCUGAGCAAGAGCGCAGACAACCUACACCUCUUCAAGGGCCCAUUCCGACGCAAGGCCCCCUCCCCUCAGACAGACACACCGGUUGCUAACGGCUCUGUGGUCAUUAAGGGGUCCUGUGGCGGCACCGGAAUCCAGAGAACUGCCAGCGCGUCGUCCGUGGACCUUCGGGACCCCAGCCAGAGCCCUAGGACUUCGCUCGGUGCCAAGGGCCACAUGCUGAAGCUAGUAGGCAGCGUGACUGACCUGACCGGACGGCGCCGGUCCAACCCAUCUCCCGUCCCCUCCCCGGGGUCCCCCGCCACCCCCCUGUCGCCCCUCAGCCGUAUCCACGACGACUACUCCCGCCGCAUACCAUGCCUGCCAGCCAGCGAACGCCGGCGCCGGCCCUCGCCGUCCGGGAGUAAAGCGGCGGCGGAGGGGGAGAGAAACGGCACCCCGGCGUCACUGGAACACACCCCCACCGUCCACCGCCCGCCACAUGGUGAGGACUUCCCGUCCACGCGCCCCGAAGGGCCCGUAAAAGCCCUGGAGGAGCCAGGCCAUGUCUUUGUUUUCCCCAGCCAGCUUUUCCUGGCAGCCUCCUCUCCCCUGGGGGAUCGUUCCCGGAGGAGCAGCCUGUGUGAGGGGGACGGGCCUCGGGGGGGACAAAGUGACGGGCAGUGGGCCCAGUGUGAUUCCCCUCCGCUCCCCCAGGGGGAACCCUGUGGGAGCCGCAGCCAAGUCCAGGAGGAGGUCAGUGCUGAGGGCAAGAAAAAAACAGAACUGUGCCUUUCGACCGACCCGGACCCAGGUCAGCAGGAGCCCGAGGGCAUAUCAGACAAACAGGGCAGUGAAGCACUGUUAGGGGUCACAGAGAGCCCCCCUCCCUCAGCCUCUGGCUCGCCUCCUCUCAGCCCAACAUGUUCCCCAGACUCUCCAACGUCACCCGUGGCAACGGGCGCCACGGAAUCUGUCACCCCCAGGCAGAGGGCGGGCCGAUCAAGGCCUCGGCCAAUCUCUGACUACGCUCAGCUGGUGGCCAGGAAGUACGCCAUUCCUGAGGAGGAGGCGGAGCUGCUUCCUGAGGAGAGAACUACAAAUGGAUCUCCCUUGCAGGACUACAAAAAUAAAGGAGGCAGGGGGGACAAAGACAGCCCGGAGAACCCCUUUGUGAAUGGAGAUCUCCAGGGCCAGAGGAGGAGACCCGUCUCUGUGAUUGGAACAGUGAGUCUGUACUCGUGUGGCGCUGAGGACAGCGAGGACCGCCUACCAUCCCCCCUGUUGCGCCCUCCUGUCCCCUCCCACCAGGUGCCACCCUACAGGGGGGUGUCGGCCCGGUUCCGGCCCUCCAGCUUGUCCCAGAGCACCCCUAUCGGACUGGACCGUCUCGGUCGACGCAAACUACACCGAAUUCUCAGUGCAGACGGCGGCUCGGAGAGUUGCGUGGCGACGGACGGCGACAGUGUUAGUGAGGAAGACGAGGGGAGUUUCGACGAGCUCAGUGACGUCACGACAUGCCUUCAGCCCGGGGUGGAGCUGUCUCUGCUCAACCAGUGGAUAGACCAAGGCCAUGCUGUGUACGCGGAGGCUCUUUGGGACCAUGUGACGAUGGAGGAGCAGGAGCUGGCGUUCAAGGCCGGGGAUGUGAUCCGGGUGCUGGAGGCCUCUCAUAAGGACUGGUGGUGGGGCAUUGGGGCAGACCGGGAGGCCUGGUUCCCCUCCAGCUUCGUCAGGGUGCGUGUGAACCAGGAGGAGGAUUCUGGAGCGGAGAGCGUUGACAGUUGUGUUCUGGACCGGGAGGACCGGCACGCUGCCACGCGGGAACCUCACUCCCACAGUGCCGAGCACCGCCAGCAGAUGAGGGCGAAUGUGGUCAAAGAGAUAAUGAACACAGAGCGCAUCUACAUCAAACACCUCCGGGACAUCUGCGAGGGCUAUAUCCGUCAGUGUCAUAAACACCCGGGCAUGUUCACUGAGCUGCAGCUGAAGACCAUCUUCAGCAACAUCGAGGACAUCUACAAAUUCCAGAGGCAGUUUCUCAAAUACCUGGAGAAGAAGUACAACAAAGAUGAGCCUCACCUCAGUGAGAUAGGAGGCUGUUUUCUCAUCCAGGGGGAGGGUUUCUCCAUCUACUCUGAGUACUGCAAUAACCACCCCGCAGCCUGCGCGGAGCUGCAACGCCUCAUGAAGCUGGGCAGGUACAAGCACUUCUUUGAGGCCUGCCGUCUCCUGCAGCAGAUGAUUGACAUCUCCAUCGCUGGCUUCCUGCUCACACCCGUGCAGAAGAUCUGCAAGUACCCCCUUCAGCUGGGAGAGCUGCUCAAAUACACACCCAAAGAUCACAGUGACUACGAUGGAGUGAGCAACGCAUACAAGGCAAUGAAGAACGUGGCGAGCCUGAUCAACGAGGGCAAACGGCGGCUGGAGAGUCUGGACACCAUAGCUCAAUGGCAGGUGGCCAUACUCCGCUGGGAGGGGCCGGACGUGCUGGAGCGCAGCUCGGAGCUGAUCCACUCCGGGGAGAUGGUCCGGGUGGUCCGCCAGGGCAACAAGACCCAGCAGCGCAGCUUCUUCCUGUUCGACCACCAGCUGGUGUUCUGCAAGAAGGACGUGCUGCGCCGCGACCUGCUGCACUACCGCGGACGCCUGGACAUGGACCACACGGAGGUUCUGGAGAUGGCCGACGGCAGGGACCUGGACCUGGGCGUCGCGCUGCGGAACGCCCUGCGGCUUCGGAACCGCUCCACUCUGGAGACCCUGUGUUACCUCUGCUGUAGGAAGCCCGAGGACAAGCAGAGGUGGCUGCAGGCCUUUGCCAGGGAGCAACAAAGGGUCCAGGAUGACCAGGAGAUGGGAAUGAAGAUCAGUGAAACGCAACGUAAACAAGCUAUCUUCAAUGCGAGGAAAUCCAAACAUGGGAAAAUGAAGUCCAUUGGCUACGCUGGCAGUGUCCCGUCCCACCACCAACCCCUGCAUCCAAUACACCAGCGCCAUGUUACCGUGCCAACUAGCGUGCCUCAGCAGCAGGUGUUCACGUUAGCCGAGCCCAAGCAAAAGCCUGCCCACCUGUGGUACAAUUUAACCAGACACGCCUUUUUCAGGAAGUGAGGAGUCGCCGCCUCUUGCUGCCUCAGAUUUCUGAAUGUUCAUAUCACGUCUGCAAUGGUCCUGAGGACUGAAACAAAAACCUACAAUAAUGGACCGAUACACUGUCAGUGCACAUACUACUGUCCUUGGUUUUAUCACUGUGCCUACUUAAGUCUCUGUCAUGUCUGUUUUUGUGUCUUUUCGGCAUCAUGUUCAUGUCUGUCAGUGAUUUUAGUUUUUGUCCAUUCAAAACUGUGCCUGCAAAAAGAAUUGUAAGGGACUUCCCAAAAGUGUUAAUAUACUUCGGACAGACUGAGUUCCUUCAUGUUGCUGGUGUUCUAAAGCUGCUUUUAUAGUCUGUAGACCCGAACGGCCAGCGUAGACCUCUGUUAUAGUAAUUAUGACAAUGGUGUACUGCACAUUCAGCUUUUAUUUGGAGUACUUACCUGCUACCUUGGUUUUAGUUUUAAUUUCUCUGAGGCUGGACCCUGUUGGAGUUAGACGGCUUGUGAAGGCACACCUCUCCUCUGAGAGCUGAAUGGCCAGAGGACGAAACACACUAACACUGUUGUAAAUAAACUCUUGUACAAAAAUGUUA